AUGUCUUUCGGAAAGAUUCUUCAGCUGAACACAGGUGCAACCAUCCCCGAGAUCGGUCUCGGCACCUGCUCUGAUCAAAAUAAAGUCGAGAGUGCUGUCGAGAUUGCUGUCCGCAAUGGUUACCGUCACCUUGAUCUUGCUAUGGUCUACCUGAAUCAGGACGAAGUCGGACGCGCGCUGAAGAAAGUCAUACCAUCUGUCGUUACUCGCGAACAGCUUUUUGUUACUUCGAAACUCUGGAACUGCUCGCACCAGCAAGGACCAGCCGAGGCAGAGCUUGACGAGACGCUGAAGCAGCUUGGACUCACCUACCUCGAUCUCUAUCUUGUACACUGGCCUGUAGCAUUCGAGCCUGGAAACGGUCUUAAGCCUUUACAUCCGACUAAGGAAGGAGAGGCACACUUGGACCUCAAGACUUCCCUUGUCGACACCUGGAGAACGAUGAUCAAGCUGAAGGAAUCUGGCAAGGUCAAAUCUAUUGGCGUUUCCAAUUUCACGAUCGAGCACAUCCAAGGCUUGAUUGACGCUACUGGCGUCACCCCUGCUGUCAACCAAAUCGAGGCUCACCCUCUGCUUCCUCAAGAUGACCUCGUUGCGUACUGCAAGCAGGUAGGCGUCCAUAUCACCGCUUACAGUCCGCUAGGCAACAACCGCCUUGGCAAGCCUAUGCUUACCGAACACGUCGUAGUGAAGGAAGUCGCUGAGAAACUCGGUGCAACCCCUGCCCAGGUUCUCGUUGCUUGGGGAGUUUACCGGGGCUACUCUGUUAUCCCAAAGUCUGUGCAAGAGGGCCGAAUUAUCUCAAACUUCAAGCAAGUUGCACUCAGCGAGGGAGACUAUGAAAAGGUUACAGCGAUUGGAGUGCCAGGAAACUUUGAGCGUUUCAAUAUUCCUUUUCGUUAUAUACCCAAGUGGGACAUUGAUCUCUUUGAUGAGGAACUUGAAAAGACUGCUACCUACCGGGUCAAUAUUGUAUAG